GAUGUUGAUUCGAUGUUAUGUUCGGUCAAGAGCUAUUAGCAUUUUAAGGCCAGUACAUAACAUAACUAGAUGCCGGCAAAAAUAUCUGAAAGCGGUGUCUGAGGUUUUGCAUUUACCAGCAAGAUUAUCUUUAAUCGGCCCGCAAACGACAGCAAAUUGUAAACAUGUCUCAAGAGGGAUAUCAAUCACCAGCAGUGAAAUCCACCGCCGACACGAGCUUGAAUUCACAUGAACCACAGAGGGCCAACCCCGGGAAGACACCUAUACAAAUCCUGCAUGAAUACGGCACCAGAAGUGGCAACCUUCCUGUGUAUUUGAUGGAGAAGGCUGAAGGAGAAGCUCACCAGCCCAGCUUCGUCUUCAGCGUGACAGUCGGAGAUGUUAGCUGCAUGGGUCAAGGUCCCAGUAAAAAGGCUGCUAAACACCAGGCUGCAGAGGCUGCCCUGAAUAUUCUGCAGAUAGAUGCUGGAACAGUGAACAUUCCUGUGAAGUCUGAGAGUAACGGUGUUGUGGCAGAAACAAACAACCAUCCCAACUCAGUGGGGAUACUGCAGGAGUUAGCGUUGCAGAGAGGAUGGCGUCUUCCCGAAUACACAGUGUUAAUGGAGGCUGGUCCGCCACACAAAAGAGAAUUCACUGUUACCUGUCGAAUGGAGUCGCUGUCAGAGAAGGCUGUAGGGAAUUCAAAAAAGGCAGCAAAAAAGGCAGCUGCAGAGAAAAUAGUGGCAAAGCUUCAAAGUCUAUCAGGCUGUUCUGAAAUCACAUGGACUCCUCAACCAAGUGUCCGAUUUGAGAACUUAAGGAACUCAUCAGCGGAGAAGAUGUCUUUACUGAGGAGAAACCCGCUGAGUAUUCCCAACACAGAUUAUAUUCAGAUGAUGUUGGAGCUGUCCAAGGAGCAGGGCUUUGAGGUCACAUACUUUGACAUUGACGAGCUGACGGUGAAUGGCCAGUACCAGUGCCUGGCUGAGCUGUCCACCUCCCCGGUCACUGUGUGCCACGGCACAGGCAUUUCCUGUAGCAACGCGCACAACGACGCAGCACAUAGCGCCCUCCAGUACAUCAAGAUCAUGGCCUCCAUCAAGUAAAACCACAGGAAAUAUUUCUUUCACCAAUAUUGUCACACAUAAAAGCCGAUGUCCAGUCAUGAUGAAGCCGUAGAUCGUUCUUCCCACUAGUCUUCCUUCCCAUGGACAGUAUGAGGUCAUGGUAUAUAUUUUUAAUUAUGUAUAUCACAAAGCAGAACCACAAAGACACACCAUCUCAAUAUUAAGAAUCAUCUUCUGGUUGUAUGUUUUUUGUCACGUUUUACUUGAGAUGUCCAACAUAUUUAAGCAAAUGUACAUGUGUAAAUGAAGGAGGAACAGUGAAUAUUAUGACCUGUUUUACAUGCAUAAUGUAAUGUAAUGUUUAAGCUGUCGGUGCUUUAUUUGUCCAAUCUUUUUGCUUCUUAUUUUUAGUCGGAAUGUUUUUAGGUUCCCUUUGACUUAAUUUAUUUUUUUAUUCACCAUAGUUUUCCCUUAUUUGGCCCUAUUGAGCUGUAUGCUAUUGACAGCCGAUAGAAGAUUUACUUUAAAUUUACUGAAGAGAUACUUGGCUUUCUUUUUAAUUUUUAUGAACAGAAGUCACCUGAAAAUGAAAGUGAUUUCAAUAAGAGAUUAUUUUUGACUAUUUAUCUUUUCUCCUACAGUACUCUUCCAUCUGUCAGUAUGCAACUCAACUGUACAACCCCUGUUGUCUCUAUCUGGUUGAAUCUCAAAAUAGAUAUAAAAUAAUAAGGAGGAUAUGCUAUCCUACAUUCCCAUUCUGCUGGUCAGUUGACAUUUUUGCAGUGUGCCUCAUAGUACCAUAGUGAUAUAUUUAAUGCCUUUACUGACUGGUGUCCUCUGCUGUAUGAACUGAAUCCUGGCAGAGAGUAGCAACAUGUGUAAGAAUCCAGAAAAUAAACCCAAACACUGAAUGUGAA